CCAAAUCCAGGCUGUACAGCUGAACUGGGCUUUUGUGGGCUUUGGAUUCUAAACCUCUUUCAAUAUGAGUUACGGCGUCAAAGGAUCUUCAAUGGGCAGUGGUGGCGGAGUUACAAUAAGUAGUGGUGGCAUGAGUGGCGGAAGUUGCAUAGGUGGUGGAGGCAUUAGUGGUGGAAGCAUCAAAAUUAGAGGCUCAUCCUCAGGAUCCUCAAGAGGAUAUUCUGGAAGAAGCUUUGGUGGAGGUUCCAGGAGUUAUGGUGGAACAGGUGGAUUCAGCAGUGGCAGCUGUGGAAGAAUAAGUAGAGGGAGAAUAUGCUACGGAGGUAGCAGCUAUGGUGGAGGAAGUAGCUAUGGUGGUGGAAUUGGCUAUGGUGGUGGCUAUGGUGGUGGACUCGGCUAUGGUGGUGGUGGUUAUGGCAUAGGUGGUGGUGGCAUUAGCGGUGGCUUUGGUGGUGGUAGCAUGGGUGGUGGAGGAUUUAGUAGUGGUAGUUUUGGUGGCGGCACCUAUGGUGAUGGAGGACUCCUCUCCACCAAUGAAAAGACAACCAUGCAGAAUCUUAACGACCGCCUGGCUUCUUACAUGGACAAGGUGAAAGGCCUGGAAGAUGAAAAUAAUCAGCUGGAGAUCUUGAUCAGAGAGUGGUACCAGAAGCAUGGAGACACUGGCUCGCCAAGGGACUACAGCUGCUAUUAUCAACAAAUGGACCAGCUCUGCAAUGAGUUGGUUGCUGAAACCAAUGAUUAUAACAAACUCCUGCUGAAUAUUGAUAACACCAGGAUGACUGCUGAUGAUUUUAAGCUAAAGUACCAAACCGAAUGUGGUCUCCGUCAGAAUGUGGAGGCUGAUAUCAAUGGACUGCGUCCACUCUUGGAUCAGCUGACCCUCAGCAAGUCUGAUCUGGAGAUGCAGUUUGAGUCUCUUAAGGAAGAACUGAUCUGCCUCAAGAAGAACCAUGAGGAGACACUGAGAGGACUGCAACACCAGUCCGGUGGUGAUGUCAGUGUGGAGGUGAAUGCUGCUCCUGGUCUAGAUUUGAAACAACGUCUUGAUCAGCUCAGGUGUGAAUAUGAAAACAUCAUUGAUCAAAACCGUAGAGAGGUGGAGAGCUGGUUUGAAACCAAGAUGGAGGAAGUCCGCCAACAGGUCACUUCAAGUGGUCAGGAGGUCGACAGCACCAACCAACAAGUUUCAGACUUGAGACGAGAGUAUCAGACACUGGAGAUCGAGCUGCAAUCCCAACUCAGCAUGAUCCAGUCAUUGCAAAACAGUCUGGAAGACACAGAACGCCGGUACAACUUGCAGUUGCAACAGAUUCAGUCCAUGAUUGAGCCAGUGGAAGGAGAACUGGCCAGCAUCCGAUGUGAGAUAGAGAGCCAGAACCAGGAGUACCAAUUGCUCCUUGGCAUCAAAACUCGUCUGGAACAGGAGAUCUGCCAGUACCGCCGGCUGCUUGAAGAAGGACAGCAAGAAAUUAGUACAUCUGGAGGAGGAUAUGGAAUUACAACCGGAGGAGGGUAUGGAAGUGGAAGAAGAGGCAGCAUUGGAGGAGGCAUCGGCGUUGGAGGCGGAAGCAUUGGAGGUGGUGGCAGAAUAGUUGGAGGAGGCAUCAGCGGAGGAAGCGUGGGUAUCGGAGGAGGAAGCGUUGGAGGUGGCCGAAUUGGUGGAGGCAUGAGUGGAGGAGGUAUCAGUGGAGGCAGCAUGAGUGGAGGCAUGAGUGGAGGAGGAUCAUGCAGUCAAAUCGGAGGAGGUGGAGGAAGUUGCACCAUUACUUCUUCUUCUUCACAUUCUCAAUCCUACCCCGCUUCAAAGACCCUAGGACAUGGAAAGUAAUCCUGUGACUAAUCAGCUGCCAUACGAGAACGCUCUGUCCCCAAACCUUCAACGUAGUUCUGCUGAUAAAGGAAGAGUGCAUUCGCUGAUGUUCUCUACAAUGCAAGCCCACAGAAAAGACGGGAUUUCCUUCACUAGCUAUCUGACUCUACCCUCACCGUCUCACCAUAAGAUUCCAUCGACUGCCUCCCUAUAUUCCCCAUCCUGCUAGUUUCAUCUGUUCUUUAAAGCUCUUUCUAGCAGAACAUCCUCUCACUUUACUUUGUUACGUUGAGUGGCUGACUGCUUGGCCUUCUGAGGUUGAUGAGGGUUAUCUAAUAAAGCUCUGUUACUGCUUGAUGCAAUCAGAAAA